AUGAAGAACACUUCCACUGUUAAAGAAUUCAUCUUGAUAGGUUUUUCGAGUUCCCUUGAAAAUGAAAUGCUCAUCUUUUGGACUUUCUUCAUCAUUUAUGGAUUGGCUAUGGUAGGAAAUUUCCUAAUCAUCCUAGCCAUGAGUGUCUGCAAGAAACUUCACACACCCAUGUACUUUUUGUUAAUCAAUUUGUCUAUUAUAAAUGUAUGUUCAAUUUCUAUAAUAGUUCCCAAAUUAUUGCAAAUUCUUAUAACCCAGAGAAAGACUAUUGUGUUUUCUGGCUGUAUUGCACAGGUAUUUCUCUUCACUUUGACUUUAGGAACAGAGCUCCUGCUUCUUGCAUUUAUGGCUUUUGAUCGCUAUGCUGCUAUCUGCCAACCUCUGCAAUAUACAGUAAUCAUGAGGAAAGAGGUUUGCUUUGGGACAAUGGUUGGACUUUGGCUGAUAGGUAUAAUAAAUUCCUCAGUUCAUACAGGACUUGUACUACAGCUUUUCUUCUGUGAUUCCAACAUCAUCAAUCACUUCUUUUGUGAGCUGCCACCAAUGUUCAAGAUCUCUUGUUCAGACACAAGCCUGAAUGAAAUCAUGGUUUUUGCAGCUUCCAUUGUCAUUGCCAUAGGCAGCUGUACCCUGACCUUCUUAUCUUAUUGGUUUAUACUGAGGAGCAUCUUCAGAAUCCGUUCCACAGAAGGAAAGAAGAAGGCCUUCUCCACAUGCUCUUCCCAUCUCUUGGUUGUCAGCUUUUACUAUUCCACCAUUAUCUAUACAUUCCUCCGUCCUGCUUCAAUGUACUCUUUAGAGGAAGACAAGGUGAUUGGUAUUAUUUAUUCUGUGGUCACUCCAGUCCUCAAUCCUCUUAUAUACUCUCUGCGAAACUCUGAUGUUAAGCAAGCUCUCAGAAAAUUAUUUGCCAGAAAAUUCUUCCAGCAAGAUCUGUUUUAA